AUGGCGACGGCGGGCGGAGGAGCCACAACCAACACAGACGCCAUCUCUUCCUCUUACAAUGGCGGAGGAGGAGAAGGGGUGGGAGGAAAGUUCCGCAAGAGGCCGUUCCGUAGAGCCCACCAUACUACGCCGUACGAUCGCCCCCUCACUGGUCUCCGAGGAAUUACCACCGGCGCAACUAACAAUAACAACUCUAGCUGGUUGAAUAAGCUCGUGGUGGACCCGGCCUCCAAGCUCAUCUCUUAUGGGGCUCACCGCUUCUUUGCCUCCGUUUUCCGCAAACGCCUCCCACCUCCUCCCCAACCAACAGAGGCAAAUAAUGAAGCGAUCAACGGGCUUCAGGAGGUGAUCCCUAAUAGUCAAUCUGGCGCAAAAGAACCUACAGAUGGUAAUAGUAGUCAUCCAGUAAAUCACUCUGACAUUGGUGGGAUAUCUGAGCUUGAGCAACUGUUAAAGCAGAAGACAUUCACCAGUUCUGAGAUUGAACGCCUCACGGAACUAUUACGUUCACGAGCUGAAGAAGUGCCGGUUGGCAAAAGAACUCAAGAAGCAUUACCUGAGCUAGCAUCCGAUUUGGGAAGGCAUCAACAGUUCUCGAGCAGUCCAUUGGAAGAAGAUAGAAAUGAGAGGGAUGGAUAUCAUGGAGUCAAUACUACUAUAGCCAAUUCGAGAGUCCUUGAGGAUGAUAUUGCUUCUCCAGCUGAACUUGCAAGAGCUUACAUGGGCAGUUGCCCUUCAAAGAUAUCACCAUCAAAGUUGGGGAUGCGCAGUCAAAUUGGUAGGGAAGAUGCAAGAUUGCUUAGCAAUGUUCCAUUUACUCCAAAAUCACCCGUCAUGUCAUCGACAACCAGAGUUUCUGUUAACGUUGGGGUUCCAGAGAAUGGUUUUAUAACCCCAAGAUCUCGAGGCAGAUCAGCAAUUUACAACAUGGCUCGUACUCCAUAUCCCAGAGUUAAUACAACGGCCAUUCUCAAGGGAAGUGGAUCCACUAAUAAUGGUUAUGGGGGAUCCUCACUGUCAAUAUCUCGGUCUCUUCUGGAGAAUGAUUUGUCUAAGCAAGUGAGCUUAAAACGAAGGAGUUCAAUAUUAGAUGAUGAUCUUGGAGCCGGCGGUCUUGUGCGGAGAAUCCGACAAAAACCUAAUCUUUUGUCUCCCAGAAUUCCUCAUUCAGCUGGUGGAGUGGGAAUAGGUUUUGAUGGUGUUCGAGGAUCUUUGAAGCAGAAGCUUCCAUUAGUGGAUGAACCAAAGCAUAAGCUUUCAAUAACUGUUAGAAAGAAUGAGGAUGACAGCAUUCCAAGCACAAGUUACGCUCAUGUUCCUUCUAAGUCCACUGAGGUGGCUUCAAGAAUAUUGAAGCAGAUUGAAAAGCUAAGCCCGAAGGAAAAAUCAUCAGAUCCCCGACUAGUUGCCUUGCGGGAGAAAACACCCGAUAAAUUGACACCCAAUAUACCUCAUGGACAAGCUCCGAGGAGCCUGGAGUAUGUGAAAUCCUCGAAGUUGCUGCAAGAUGUCCAUGAUGGCCAUAAGUUGCAGGAUUGGCCUAUUGUCACUUCACAAGAUGCACAUGACUUCACUUCUCAAAUGAAAGGCAUAUUAGAACCAAGAGGACCAAAAGAUUUUGCUGUCCCUCUUGAUAAGUCGACUCUUGCAACGAACAAUUAUACCACAGGAUCAUCGAAAGCUUCUGGGCCCAGUGUUCAAGUAUUUGAUUCUGUUGAUAAAAAAAUUGCAGCCCAACCUCCUCGAAGGAAACAACCUUUUAGGAUGAGUGCACAAGAAGAUUCCUUUGAGCUGGACGAUGACAUACAUUGCAACGUGGGUGAACCUAAACUAUUUUCUGAAAAGAGAGUUACAACGGAAACCUCUCUUAGCAAGCCCUCACCUACUGAAGAACUAAAGCUGGAUCAAACUACAUCUCUGUCAGAAGAGAAGUCAGUUCUGGAUCCUAUAUCAAGCAAAAGAAGUGACAUGGGCAGUGAUGCUGUGUUCCGAGGAGAACCAAGUAUUGGCUCUGCUUUUUCUUCUUUACACGCUACCAGCACAGCUUCAGAGGUGGUCUCUCAACUAGUCUCUGCAGCUGACAAACAAAAGGAAGCUAAUGAUUCACAUCCCUUGUUCAGUUUUAGCUCCAAAACUGUUAAUGAGGUUCCAUCACCUGCAUUUUUAUCCUCACCUUCUGAAUCAUCAAGCAAAAAACCAUUUACUUGGUCAGAAUCUAAACCAGAAAACUCCUCUAGCUUGAUCAAUGUGGCUUCUGCUGCAACUGGAGCUCAGCUGUCAAUUUUUGGUUCAGAUAAAGGUGGCCAUCCAAAUUCCCUGAUUUCCGGUGAUACUAAUGGUAAAUCUGAAGUUGCUUUUCCUGUUACAUCAAAUGGGCCACGUUUUUCAAGUUCUCCCGCCUUCUCAUCCACUGCAGCUUCCACUAGUUAUGCAAAUCAGAUCUCUAUAGGGAGUUCUAGCCUUUUUACCCCUUCAACUAGCAUUGCAAACUUUGGAACUACUGGUUCCACUACCAGUACCUUUACUGCCUACACGAGCAGCACUUUUGGAUCAACCGUGGCACCUUCAUUUUCAGCUGUACCUGCUUUCAAGUUUGGUUCCUCUGUGGAUCCAUCAUCCACUUCAGUUUCUCUAACGUCAGCUCCAACCAUUUUGGAAUCAAAAGAUAUGGAAACAAAAGCAGAGAAAGAUACAAAUUUUGGCAGCACAAGUAAUUCAAAUUCUAGCAUGACAUCAAUUAUGGCAGCAAGCUCCCGAAGUAGCAGUUUUCAACUUGGAUCUUCAGUCACUUCAACUGCAAAUAUCCUUUCUCAGGGUUCUCUUUUUGGUAGUGGCAGUGGAUCUUUGGUGUCUAGCACUGUUACUCAAAGCAUACCUAUUUCAUUUGGAUCAUCUUUACCAUCUUGCAGUAUUGCUAACAAUACAUCAUUUGCAUCGUCCUCGGCCAAUUCCGAAGUUCCCAGUACAAACAUUACUUUUGGUUUCAGUUCUGUAGCUUCCUCGUCUGAAAGUAAUGCAGUUGGCCCUGGCAAUGGGCCAACAGCUAGUGUAUUCAAUUUCGGUGCGAGUUCUGCUGCUGCUUCAGAUGUUGGUGCCAUUAGCUCCAGCAGCAGUGCCACUCCUGGAAUAUUUAGUUUUGGUCUCGGUUCUUCCUCUUCCUCCGCCAAUGUAGUUGGCUCUACCAGUGGUGCCACUCCUAGUAUAUUCAGCUUUGGUAGCAGUUCUGCAGCUUCCACGUCGGGAAUCAAUGCUGCUAGCUCCUUCAGCAGUGGUACUUCUGGUAUAUUCAGUUUUGGUGCUAGUUCAUCGGCUUCCUCUUCAGCCACCAACUCGGUUAGCUCUAGCAAUCCUACUAACUUAUUUGGUCCGAGUUGGCAAAGUCCCAAGUCUCCUAAUCUUGGUUCUACUUUUACUUCUCCGUCCCCAUCCACUGGAUUUGCCUUUGGUGCAUCAUCAUCUUCCUUUGCAGCUACAAGCACUGCACCAAUGCCAGUAUUUGGUAAUCCUCCUGCUUUUGCUGCCUUGACUAGUAAUGAUCAGAUGAAUGCAGAUGACAGUAUGGCCGAGGAUACCAUGCAGUCGUCUGCACCUUCUGUUCCUUCAUUUGGUCAACCAAACAUCUCACCUUCCCCCCCUGGCUUCAUGUUUGGGUCAACAGUACAAUCGCAACCUAGUCCCUUCCAGUUUGCUGGCCAGCAAAAUCAAGUUGCUUCACAGAACUCUUCUUCAUUUCAGGCAUCAGCCAGUCUAGAAUUCAAUGCGGGCGGGAGCUUCUCGUUGGGCAGUGGUGGUGGUGACAAGUCAGGUCGAAAAUAUGUGAAAGCUAGUAGAAGUAAGAACCGGAAGAAAUGA